UAUGUUUUAAAUAUGUUCCAUAUAUCCCUUUUUUCCAGAGCACUUUAAACAUCAAACCACAUCAAACUUGAAUUUUACAUUAAAAAUAAUUUUUUAUUAUUUUUAUUGUUUUUUUUUUUUUUACUGAAGAAGACAUCCGACUUGCAAGUCAUGUCGCCAGCAUGUAUGUUAAAAGUUAGAAAGCAACUGGCGGGCCGGAUUCAAACGCUUAGUGGGCCACAUGUGGCCCCCGUGCCGUAGUUUGCCCACCCCUUGCCCUAGCAACUAGCCGGAACUACAUACUUUCCUCCACAACAAAAACCAACCACAACCGGGCCAAUGAGAAGUUGAUGCACUACACUGCUACACGGGAUCUUAUUACUGUCAUUAAAUGUAAUAAAUAUAAAUGUAUAUCUAAUGAUGAUAAUGACAAUACUACCGUUACUCCUGGUAUCUAUUAACGGUAGCCGCAAAGUCAUCGCUCUCAUCAUAAUGGCUAUAAAGGUUGUAGUGUCUGUGGAAGGCCUUCUUCUUGUACCCGUGUUCUUUCUGACUGUUAUGCAUGCCAAUAAUCCCAUGUGUGUGUGCUGUGACAAGCUAGUCAAUGAUUACUAGUAUUUGAGUCGCUGGCCAGAAAAGCGAAGAAGAGGCCAUUUGGAAGGAGAUGCUCCAGUAGAAGUGGAGCCUGGCUGAUUUCCUGACUCAGGUGUCCGAACUCCUUGCAGCCAUGUUGAAGCGGAGGCUCUUCAGGGUGACCAAUUCCCUGGUGAGAGAGUGCAUGGCCGAGUUUUUGGGGACUUUUGUCUUGCUGCUCUUUGGCUGCUCGGCGGCAGCGCAGGUAAAGACCAGCAGGGAGACCAAAGGCCAGUUUUUGUCGGUCAACAUGUCUUUCUCAGUGGGCGUGAUGUCGGCCAUGUACCUGACCAAAGGCAUCACAGGCGCCCAUCUGAACCCGGCCGUUACCCUGAGUUUCUGUGUGUUGGGCCAGGCGCCAUGGAGUCGGCUGCUGCCAUACUGGCUCUCACAGGUGCUGGGAGCGUAUGUGGCCUCAGGACUGGUCUACUCGGUCUAUUAUGAUGCCAUCAUGGAGUUUAGUGGAGGUAACCUGACUGUAUAUGGAGCCAAUGAGACGGCGUCAAUAUUCGCCACAUAUCCCUCUGCGUACGUCACCUUGGGGCGGACCUUCCUUGACCAGGUGGUGGGCACCGGCAUGCUGAUGUUAUGCAUCCUGUGUCUGGAUGAGAAGAGGAACACUCCCGCUCCCGCCCAGCUGAUUCCUCCCAUCGUGGCCGUGAUCGUGCUGGGCAUCUCCAUGUCCAUGUCAGGCAACUGCGGCGCCGCCAUCAAUCCCGCUCGCGAUCUCGGACCUCGGCUUUUUACCCUGACGGCAGGCUGGGGCACUGAAGUCUUCACGUGUUACAACUACUGGUUCUGGGUACCCGUGGUGGCCCCCCUGAUCGGGGGUGUUCUGGGAUCUGUUCUAUAUGUAAUCUUCAUCCACUGGCACCUCCCUGACUCCGAAGCCCCCACAGACGAGGACACGCCCUCCACGCUCGAUGACGGCGUCAAGCAGCCUGCCAGCAAACCCCUGAUGGGAUUUGAACUGAAGACGGCGUCAUUCUGACUCUUUUUUACCACACUUUUUUUUAUAUCUUUGACGUGAGCUGAAGGGACAGUCAGAGGGGGGGCAGCUCGUGUGGGAAGGACUUUUUGGUUUUUAUAUUUAUUUGUAUGCUGCGUCUCUAUGGACGCAAAAAAAAAAAAUUUCUUAACAUUAUCAAAUAAAAACUAAUUAAUAACAUUUGAAAAUAAUGAUUAUUAAAAAUGAGACUUAUUGGCCCUUCUUGUUUAAAAUAAGUAAACAUAAUAAAGUAUUGUUUUAUUUUUAAAAAAAUAGAUAAAAAAUCAAAUUUGAAUCAAUUAUUAUUGUAUCUUGCCCCUGAUACGUAAAAUAUAACAAAUUUUCCUAAAUUAUUGAAUUAAAAAUAUGUGUUAAUUAUUAAAAUAUACAAAAUAUUAUGAUUAAUUAUAUUUUUAUUUUUUUUAUAUUGAAAAAUGACAAUGAAACGAAAAAAUAUUAUGCCAACAUGUCUAGUAGUUUAAUGCAAUUAUGAAAUAAUAUUAACAUUAUGCUAUGAUAUGAAAUUAGGAUCUGAAUACAUUUGUUAUUUUUGUUAUUGCUAAAGUUAAAUAUGUAAUUAUUUCUUAUGGCUGCUAAAGUUAAAUAUGUAAUUAUUUCUUAAAUUACUGAAGUAAAAUUAUGAUAAAUUCAGAACUAAUGUUAUGUUCUGUUCUGUAUGUCAUGUUAUUAUGAAUUAUGUUUGAACACAAAACGUAAUGUGUUUUCAUCAUACAUUUUCAUAAAAAUAUGUAGAAAAGAAUAAUUGAGAUAUGAAACAAUAACAUAAUUUUUUAUAAAUUAUGUUAAUAUUAUGUUACAAUUGCAGGCUACUUCAGUAUAUGUUGGAUAACAUUUCUUCUUAAAUUAAUUGUGUUAACAUUUAUUAGAACUUGUAUGUGUACUUCUAUUAUUGUAUUGCUUAUUAAGAAAUAUACAAAUAUGGAAUGAAAUCCUUUGUUAAAAAUGAAAUUAUGAAACAAAAAUCCAAAGAAAUGUUUUGCCAAACAUUGAAAUGCUCAUGUUAGCUCUACUUCCGGCCAUUCUGUGUUUGU